GAUUGUACGGGUUGUUUCUAAAAAGACUGUAUUCUUAGUUAUAAUAUAAAAUUUUGUUAUCCUUCUUUAGUAGUCAUUUUCUUUCAUGAAUCGAAAAGAUUGUACAUUAUAGUGUUUAUGUAACUUCAAUGUAAUAUGUAAAUGAAAAAGUCUUAAAUCUACGUGAAUUAAAUAUACCAGAGGUAGGGGGGGAAAAAAGUAAUACAUUAAAAAUCUCUUGAAGGAAUUAUUAAAAAUGGGAUCUGAGCAAAGCACUCGUAGUCUAACUAUAUCCAAUGAAGAAGAGGUAGGAGUGAUUAAAGUAUCUAGCGCAGUUGUAGAACGUUUAGCCCAAGGUGUCAACAAAAAUUCCAAUCAAACUGUUAAAGAAGUAAACUCAUUUACUCCAACACCAGCACCACCACCACCACAACCAACUCCUUCCAACGCAGUUCCUCAAUCAUCACCAUUGCCACAGAAAAAUAUUGGAGAAACACCUUCUGUAUAUUCAGCAUAUUAUUAUCCAGAGUUAACAUUAUCUGCUCUUGAAAUGCAACAUCAGAAAGAAAAAGAACUCCGUGCUCAAAAUGAUUAUUGGCAAAAACGCUUAAAAAAUAUGGAAAAUAAGCACUCGAUGAUAGAUAUACUAUUAGAAGAAGAAUAUAAAAGAACUGUCAAUGAAUUUUAUCCGAUAGAAAAAGGACAAAAAGCGACAAAUAAUCUCGACAAUGAACAGCUGUGUGCUGCAGGUAAAGAAAAAGUAUUGAAAUGUUAUCAAGACCAUCCUAAGGAAACAUUGAAGUGUUCUAAUUUAGUAGAAGAAUUUUCUAACUGCGUGGAUCAACGUCGAAUGAAUUUAAUUACAACCCGCUAACACAUUAAAUUCUUGUUAUUAGUUGUUUAAUAAAAUUAUUGUGCUUUAGUAGGAUUUCAUAUUUUAUGAACAAUAAAUUAUGUGCUAUUUAUAAA